AAAAUGGCCGAACACACAGGCGCUGUAGUCAUAAUGCUGUAGACAGUCGGACAGUAAGGAUAUAGUUGGAUGUUUACAUGCACGGCGAGUGGAGCAGUUACUGAUUGGACUUAUUAUCUUUUAUAAUGUUACAGUACCAUUUGUUGCUUAUGGCCGAGUUAUAUGCAGAAAUGCGUGCGCUGGGUUUGCAAUGAAAACACUGCACAGCUCCGGAGGAUACAAACCGAAGAUACAACCUCCUUACAGCGGCUGGCACAUUGCGGGCUUCUACGUUCGACUCCGACUCUAUCAUCUGCUGCUGUUGAAUAUAAAGUUAUUGUUAAUGUGCUAGAAGGCACAGGUUUUACGUGUCGCUGUCUAUCAAAUACCCGAAGUUGCUGCAGCUUGACAUAACAGAGCAGCUCCGCACGACUGUAGAGAAGAAAGCAUCACGGAGCGGAGUUAUGGCAUGUUAAAAGUUCUGAGGCACAACAACGAGAGACGAGGAUGAACAGGAAGAAGGACAAAGGAUUUGAGAGCCCACGCCCCUUUAAAUUGACCCACCAGGCGGUGUGCAUCAACAACAUCAACUUCCAGAGGAAGUCUGUCAUAGGGUAUGUUGAGUUGACCAUUUUCCCCACAGUGGUCAACUUGAACAGGAUCAAGCUUAACAGUAAACAGUGCCGCAUCUACCGGGUCCGAGUCAAUGAGCUUGAAGCCCCAUUCAUUUACAAUGACCCCACACUGGAAGUGUGCCACCAUGAGUCCAAGCAGAGGAACCUGAACUAUUUCUCUAGUGCCUACACAGCAGCAGUGAGUGCUGUGGACCCUGACGCAGGACACGGAGAGCUGGUCAUCAAAGUUCCAUCUGAACUUUGGAAACAAGGAGAUGAUCUAAAAGUGUUGAAGGUAUAUAUAGAAUUUUCCCUGGACCAGCCAAAAGGGGGUCUCCACUUUGUUGUUCCUGAUGUGGAAGGCAGCAUGGCUGAGAGAGGAGCCCAUGUGUUCUCUUUUGGAUAUCAGAACUCCACAAGAUUCUGGUUCCCCUGCGUGGACUCUUACUCAGAGCUGUGUACAUGGAAGUUAGAGUUCACUGUGGAUGCGUCCAUGGUGGCGGUGUCAUGUGGGGAUCUGGUGGAGACCAUCUACACCCAUGACAUGAGGAAGAAGACAUUCCACUAUGUCCUUCCCAUCCCCACUGCAGCCCCCAACAUCUCCCUGGCGGUUGGGCCCUUUGAAAUCCUUGUAGACCCCUACAUGCACGAGGUGACCCAUUUCUGCCUGCCACAGCUGCUCCCUCUGCUCAAACACUCCAUGUCCUACCUACAUGAGAUUUUUGAGUUCUACGAGGAGAUCCUGACGUGCCGCUAUCCUUAUUCCUGUUUCAAAACUGUGUUUGUGGAUGAGGCCUAUGUUCAGGUGUCCUCCUGUGCGUCUAUGAGUAUUUUCAGUACCAACCUGCUCCACAGUGCUAUGAUCAUAGACCAGACCCCACAGACUCGCCGUUGUCUGGCUCAGGCCUUGGCUCAGCAGUUCUUUGGCUGUUUCAUCUCCAGGAUGUCAUGGGCUGAUGAGUGGGUGUUGAAGGGAAUCUCAGGAUAUAUCUACGGCCUCUAUCUUAAGAAGACCUUUGGAGUCAAUGAGUACCGGCACUGGAUCAAGGAGGAACUGGACAAGAUUGUGGACUAUGAAUUAAAAAUGGGAGGUGUUCUGUUGCAUCCAACGUUCAGUGGAGGCAAAGAGAAGGACAAUCCAACUCCCCACCUUCACUUCUCCAUCAAGCACCCCCACACCCUGUCCUGGGAGUACUACAAGAUGUUCCAGUGUAAGGCCCACUUGGUGAUGAGGCUGAUAGAAAACAGGAUCAGCAUGGAGUUCAUGUUGCAGGUUUUCAACAAGCUCCUGAGCCUUGCCAGUACAGCCUCGUCACAGAAGUACCAGAGUCACAUGUGGAGCCAGAUGCUUCUGUCCACUCACGCCUUCCUCAAAUCCAUCUCCAAUGUCUCUGGCAAAGACAUAGGCCCCCUCAUCAAACAAUGGGUAGACCAGAGUAGUGUGGUAAAAUUCUUUGGCAGUUUUGCCUUCAACAGGAAGAGGAAUGUGCUCGAGCUGGAGAUCCGUCAGGACUACACAUCAUCUGGAACUCAGAAAUAUGUGGGUCCCAUCAAGGUGACAGUCCAGGAGCUGGAUGGAUCCUUCAACCACACGCUGCAGAUAGAGGAGAACAGCCUCAAGCAUGACAUCCCCUGCCACUCAAAGAGCAGAAGAAACAAGAAAAAGAAGAUCCCUCUGAUGAAUGGAGAGGAGGUUGACAUGGAUUUAUCUGCAAUGGAUGCUGACUCUCCUCUUCUCUGGAUCCGAAUUGAUCCCGACAUGUCCAUUCUGAGGAAGGUGGAGUUUGAGCAAGCGGACUUUAUGUGGCAGUAUCAGCUGCGCUAUGAGAGGGAUGUGGUUGCACAGGAGGAGGCCAUCUCAGCGCUGGAAAAAUUCCCAACUCCUGCUUCCAGACGGGCUCUGACUGACAUCCUAGAGCAGGAGCAGUGUUUCUACAAAGUCCGCAUGCAGGCCUGUUUCUGUUUGGCGAAGAUAGCCAACGCCAUGGUGAGCGCAUGGCAGGGUCCACCAGCUAUGAAAUCGCUGUUCACCAGAAUGUUCUGCUGUAAGAGCUGCCCCAACAUCGUCAAAACCAACAACUUCAUCAACUUCCAGAGCUACUUCCUGCAAAAGACGAUGCCGGUUGCCAUGGCGUUGCUCAGAGAUGUGCAAAACCUCUGUCCCAAAGAUGUCCUCAACUUUAUCCUGGACCUCAUCAAGUACAACGACAACAGGAAAAACAAAUUUUCAGAUAACUACUACCGCGCAGAACUGAUCGAAGCACUGACUAAUUCUCUGACCCCAGCCAUCAGCAUCAACAAUGAGGUCCGGACAGUGGAUAAUUUAAACGCUGAUGUCCGUCUCAUUUUGGAGGAGAUCACACGAUUCCUAAACAUGGAGAAACUGCUGCCGAGCUUUAGAAACACCAUCACUGUCAGUUGUUUGAGAGCAAUUCGUCAGCUUCAAAGGAAUGGUCAUAUUCCCAGUGACCCGUCACUUUUUAAGUCCUACGCUGAGUAUGGACACUUUGUAGAUGUUCGGACUGCGGCACUGGAAGCUCUGGUGGACUACACUAGAGUUGAAAGGAGUUCAACAGAGCUACAGUGGCUGCUCAACCUGGUCCAGAAUGACCCAACUCACUAUGUCAGACAUAGGAUCCUCGGUAUGCUUUGUAAGAAUCCACCCUUUACCAAGACAACAGACUCCGCUCUGUGUAAUGAAGCUCUGGUUGACCAGCUAUGGAAGCUUAUGAACUCAGGUACCUCCAAUGACUGGCGGCUUCGCUGCGACGCUGUGAAUCUCUACUACACGCUGUUUGGUCUAACUCGGCCCUCGUGCUUGCCACUGCCAGAACUAGGCCUGGUGCUCAACCUGAAGGAGAAGAAGGCUGUCCUCAACCCCACCAUCAAGCCUGAGCUGGGUGUCAGUGCUGUCAUGGACACCCCUGCCAGUAUAGGCAUCCAUGGUGUGGGCAUGAGCUACACAACUGUGGACGAAGAGCCAGAUCCUAUUUCACUUGGGGUGUGUGGGGUGGGCCAGCCCCCUCAAGGCCUGAAGAGGAAAGCUGAGACCCCACUGGGGUCUCCUCCGGAGCCAGGACAGGUAUUGCAGCAACAGGAGGACGAUGGAAGAGCAGCGCGCUACAAAAUCAGGUUCAACACUAUGGAGGAUGAAGACAUUGAUAUGGAGACUGUUCAUGAUAGUCAGGCCUUCAUUCACCAUCAUCUCAAUCUGUUAGAGAGACCCUCUACACCAGGGAAAGAGCCACCGUCAGUUGAACAGUCCCUACUCUCCAUGCCUGCCACACCUGUGCCAACCUUCUCCAAGGAGGCGACCUCCUCAUCCUCUAAGCACGGAGGUGACCACGGCCACCACCACCACCACCACCACCACGAACACAAGAAGAAGAAGAAGAAGCACAAGCAUAAGCACAAGCACAAGCAUAAACAUGAGAGCAAGGACAAGGAGAAGGACAGAGACAGGGACAACUCGCACGCCUACAGCAACAGCCCGGCCAGUGGCAGGUCUCUGCGCUCACCCUCUCUGUCCGACUAAACAUCUGGAGAGAGGUUCGGCUUCCUGCUGCAGUCGGCUCCAGCAGGGUUAACUGCAUACAUUUGUCUUACAGUAGCAGGCUUUCAUUCCUGUUCAGAAACGCAUUGGUGUCCAUGUUUAAAUAAACUAAAUAUUGAUUACUAAUUAGUGUAAUCAAACAGGAAGACACAUUUGGACAAAAUGGCAGUUUAAGCAUAAUCUUCAGAUAAUUAAACAUUCAAUUCUGUUUCAUCAUAAGCAGAAGUGCAUGUUUGCUUGAAAGGGGAUAAAAUGAACUGAACUGAGGCUCCAGUGUCAUUAGGGUAAACCCUCCAGAGGCAUCUGUGCCAUCUCUCUCUCUCUCUCACACACACACACACUCACGUUUGUAGACUUUCAACACCGCUUCCAGGCUGUGUGAGGCAUGCAACCACAUGCACCUCUCUCCACAAACAGUCAAAUACAGUCUUAACCAACCUCAUGCACUUUUCCCCCGAACAGAGACACCACUUUGGUGUGCCUCAUCCCCACAGCUCAAUUCCAACAUUCAGCGAGCUGUUUCUGAGGGGAAACAUGAUGGAUCAUGGUGUGUAUUUUGUGUGGACCAAGCCUCUGGUGUCUUUAACAUCCUGCAAAUCACAUUUCCCAGUUUGCUCUCAAAUUAAAAUUAAACAGAAAUUUCACUGUAUUUUUGAAUGAAACUUGAGUAAUACUAGUGUUUUUUGUAGUAUUUUUGCUUCCUAACUAUUGUCAUGAUUAAAGAUGCUUUUGUAUCCGCAAAUGUUUGAACAAGACUGAAUCCAGCUCCACAAUCUCAUUUGUGGCUGUGUUUUCUCUGGCAGUGUUUCUUAGGUUUGAUUAGGUGGUUUUAAACAAUGAAAGGAACAUGUAGAACUCAGUACUCACCAGUUAAAUAACCAGAACAGCAUCAAAACUGUGAUUUCAAGGGUCAAGAAUGUUUUUUUUGUUUUUUUUUUAAUGUAAUUUGUCUUCUUGUAUUGUCUAAAUAAGACAUUAAAAAACAAAGUGUUGACAUUCA